GUAAUAGAAUCAAUGGGGAGACCUCCUUGUUGUGACAAACUGAAUGUCAAGAGGGGACCUUGGACUGCAGAAGAAGAUGCAAAGAUUCUUGCUUAUGUAUCCAACCAUGGAGUUGGUAACUGGACUUUGGUCCCUAAAAAAGCAGGACUUAACAGAUGUGGUAAGAGCUGCAGACUUAGGUGGACUAAUUACUUGAGACCGGACCUUAAACACGACGGCUUUACGCCUCAAGAAGAAGAGCACAUAAUUAAUCUUCACAAAGUUAUUGGUAGCAGGUGGUCUUUGAUUGCUAAACAGCUACCAGGGAGAACAGACAAUGAUGUGAAGAACUAUUGGAACACAAAACUGAAGAAGAAGCUUUCAAAGAUGGGAAUUGAUCCUGUGACUCACAAACCAUUCUUACAGAUUCUAUCAGAGUAUGGAAAUAUCAGCAUUGGAACCUCUAAUGCCACAAUUAUGUCUAAACCAGAACCAACUUGUUCUGUCCUCACAGGACUUUCUUCUAGUUAUUCUAAGCUGAUGAUCAGAAACCCUGUGAUGGAGCAAGUGAAUGAUAAUAUGAUCAGUAUCAGCAACAACCCUAACCCUUCUUGGGAUUUUGUGGGGUUUCAUGUCGAUAACCCGAAAAAUGUCCAGUCACAUUUCUUUGGUGAAGCCACCUCUUCAUGUUCAUCACCAUCUACUACUGCAUUUUCACAAUUUACCUCUCCACAGUCCUUUUCUCACAGGCCACCGCCAGAGGCUGCUCACAUUCCGCGGAACUCUAAUUCGUUUACUUGGAACGAAUUUCUCCUCAGCGAUCCAGCUUCGUGCGUUGAUCCUCCGCGGCAGGAGCAAGAGCACAACCCUUCUGGAAUGCUAUUGUCAAGCGAUUCGUCGACUGUGACUCCUAAUGAGUUGUCCCAGUGCUUCAACGGAGUUGGAUUUGGUGGUUCUGGAGUUAAUAACUGUGCUGAUAGCACUUCAUCUUCUGCAAGUUCAUUUGUGGAUGCAAUAUUGGAUCAUGACAGAGAAUUGUGUUCGCAAUUCCCUGAACUUUUAGAUGCUUCUUUUGAUUACUAAUGGACAUAG